CAAAACUAAGAGUGCAAAGAUGAAAGAGCAUGGAUGUAGUAUAUUGUGAUAGAGGCCUUCUGAAGCCAGAUCUGCAGUAGUGCGCAGGCGCUAAAGUUGCAUUGCUGCGGUCACCUGCUGCUGUUGGGGCUGCGACCGACCAAACACGACCUACCGUUUGUUGUGGCCGCUGGCCCAGUUACCCUGCAGAAAACUGCACUCUACCUGUCCAGGAUUAGGACAACGUCUGGCGUAAACGGCAGGGUUUAUAUUUUACAAAAGAGUGCAGUGUUGAUGUGAUGCUGAAGGAACAGGCUGUGGAGUACUGAGUCUUCCAUGGCUGUUAGCACCAUGGACUCUGAGUCAGCCCGGACACCUCAGCCUCAGGCUGCCCUGACUAUAGGAGGCCCCUCCCUGCUGCCUGCUGAUGCUCUGAGUGGCACGGCGGGCACUCAAGGGAAGCACUAUGUCUGCGGCUCCAUCGCAGCUUUUUCCAACAUCUUGGUGACUUUCCCCAUCCAGAAGGUGCUGUUCCGCCAGCAGCUGCACGGUGUGUUGGCCACUGAGGCGGUGCGGCAGCUCCAGAGGGAUGGGCUAAGGAAUCUUUACCGGGGCCUGCUGCCCCCGCUGCUCCAAAAGAGCACUACAGUUGCCAUCAUGUUUGGCCUGUACGAGGACUUCUCUAGAGUUUUACUAGACCAGGCUGGUGGCAGCGGUGUGCCCGACCUGGUCACCCGAAGCUUUGCUGCAGCAUUGGCAGGAACCGCAGAGGCCAUCCUGACGCCAUUUGAGCGUGUGCAGACUCUCCUACAAGACCAUCGUCACCACGGGCGCUUCAACAACACAGUCCACACCUUCCGGACACUUCUUACUGAGUAUGGUGUCAGAGAAUGCUACCGUGGCCUGGUGCCCAUACUUCUCCGUAAUGGCCCUAGCAAUGUGUUCUUCUUCGGGCUCCGCGGGCCCAUUAAGGAGCAGCUCCCAGAAGUCACUAGUCGGGCAGGUCACAUGGUGAAUGAUUUUGUGUGUGGAGGUUUGUUGGGGGCAGCCCUUGGCAUCAUGUUCUAUCCGUUAAAUGUGGUCAAGUCCCGGGCUCAGUCUCAGGUUGGUGGAGACUUCCAGCCUUGCAGGAAGGUGCUGCUAACAGUGUGGAGAGAAAGGGGUGGCAGUCUGGCCAUGCUCUUCAGAGGGGCCCACCUUAACUACCACCGUUCACUCCUCUCCUGGGGGAUCAUCAAUGCCACCUACGAGCUGCUGCUGAAGCUCAUGUAAGAGGGAGAAUGGAGAUGACGAAAAAGAGAUCUAGAGAGGAGGAGAAAGCAUUUUAAAAGGGAAAAACCUGUAUGGAGUGAUGGAACCAGUUUGUUGAGAAGAAAGGAAAUCGUAAAGUAAAGCCAGCACUAUUUUGGGACACUAGGGUUUCCAUGAUUUAAAGACAGCAGGGAAGUUGCACUUCUGACAGGGGCCAACAGUGAAAUAAGCCACCUGCCACAUGCCAUGACUAUUUAUUGUUGUCAAAAUAUAUAUAUAAAAAAAAAAAAACAAGACACAUGCUUUAGCUUAUACAAAACUUGUGCCAGGGUCCAAUUAAAAUGCCCUUGUUUGCUCUCUGUACAGAAAUGUUGUGGAGCAUUACUUGACAGCGCUUUACUUGACUGGAUAAGCUGUUUCUUCGUAUGUGCUGUGUGCUGUGGUGUUUUGUAGACAACAUCCAUCUUUUUGUGUGUUUGUUUGAAGAGUUAUUCUGUGAGGCUGAAUUCUGCCACUUAACUGAAACACUUUUGUACUUUUGACCAUUGAAAUUCCCCAACAUUUAUUGUCAAGGAGAGUGUAAUAAAUUGAGUGUUGGCCAUUUUAUUUCUCUUUAUGCUUCAUCUUAUUUGGCCUUCAUGUUUAUGAGAUCAAAAGGCAGAUACUUAAGGCAUUGCUGAGAUGACUAUCAGGGAUAUACAUGUUGUUGGAAAUACUGUCUAGCAGACACACGUAGGCUAAUUCUUAAACAUGUUUUCCUUUCACACACAAUGUUUUGUCAAGCACUAUUUGUAUUGGUUUUAUGAAGUGCUACUGGCUUGUGUUAUUCAAGUUUUGGCCAUUCAUGUCAGUUAAACAUAGUGACACUGAGAUCUUUUGUUGUUUUUAUCAUUCAUUGGAAGGGAGAGUUGCUACAAAUAAUCCCACAGAAAAAAUUUGCCCUUUGUUUAAAAUAUAAAUUUUAAGAAAACUUUUGCAGUUUCAGAAAAAGACCUUUGAUAUUCAUUUGACUCUGCACCAUUGCUGCAUUUGUUCAUUUUUGGGUUAUUGUUCACUCUGACUAUACAACUAAGUGCUCCUCAAUGUUUGUUUCCUUUUUAUAAAUUUUAAUAUCACUUGUUUUA